GCAAUCCUGACCAAAUUUGAGGAACAAAUAAGAAUGUGUAUGGUUAACUUAACUUGUGAACUUUAAUUUAAUAUUUUAAUCUGAUGUUUUUACAGUGAUUUAAAAUAUUCGAAAUAAAUUGCUCCACUGUGUUUCAACCAAAACUUUUUGUAAUAAUGGUUUAUUAUUUUACAAGUGAAGUUGUGCAACCACCAGUAACAUUAUUUAUGGGAAUUGAUCAAUAUGAAAAUGAGGAUCUUAUUAGAUGGGGGUGGCCAGAAGAUGUUUGGUUUCAUGUUGAUAAAUAUUCUUCAGCACAUGUAUAUCUUCGUCUUCAUCUUGGACAAACAAUAGAUGAUAUACCUAGUGCAGUUUUAGAAGAUGCUGCACAAUUAGUAAAAGCAAAUAGUAUUGAAGGAAGUAAAAUGAAUGAUGUUGAUGUAGUAUAUACAAUGUGGUCAAAUCUGAAAAAGACACAAGGAAUGGAAAUAGGAGAAGUUGGUUUCCAUAGAGAUAAAGAUGUUCGAAAAAUUCAUGUUACAAAACGAAUAAAUACUAUUAUUAAUCGAUUGAACAAAACUAAACGUUCAGAGCAAGUAAAUUUAAGAACAGAAAGAGAACAACGAGACAAAAAUGAACGAGAAGAUAAAAAAAAACUUUUAAAAGAACAAAAAGAAAGAGAAAAAGCAGAAGAAAAACGGAGAAAGGAAGAAGCAGAAAUGAGGAGUUAUAAUUCUUUAUUUAAUACAUCUAAUAUGACAUCAAAUACAGAAAAUAGUGGAUAUGAUUCAGAUGAUUUUAUGUGAUUAAAUUAUUAAUAUUAUUUGUGAUUUUUGUCUAUUUACUAUAAUUUGAAAUAAUAGAUAAAUAUAUUUAAAAGAAAAAUUAUUAUGUAUAAUUUUGAAAUUUAAUUUGGUUAAUU